AAUACGGUUGUAUCAAAUGUACAACUAAAGGCACAUACUCUCACAUAUCGCGAACCAUGGUGUUUCCUGAUAUCAAUGCUCCCAAACGAACAGAUGCGUCGUUUAGAGCGAACGAAUACUCUAAUCAUCAACGUUGCAACUCGCCACUUAUUAGGCUGCCAAUUGACAUGAUCGAGGACAUCAUUGUUGCUGAUUCGUUGCACUUGCUUGAGUUGGGAGUCAUGAAGAAACUGCUCAAUGGAUGGCGCACUGGCUGUUUAUCGAUGAACGCAAAAUGGAGCACUUUUCAAAAGAAACAAAUUUCAAAUCUGUUAGUUUGUGUGCGAUUUCCCAUGGAAAUUCAUCGACGAAUGAGAUCUUUGGAUUUUGUUUCGCUGUGGAAAGGCUUGGAAUAUCGAAAUUUUUUGAAUUAUGCUGGUAUAGUUGUACUCAAGGAUUAUUUACCUGACAAAUACUUUACUCACUUUAUUAUUCUUUUCUGUGCCGUUCGUAUUUGCUCUGUUAGUAAAUAUUCUAACUUAUUAGAAAUUGCUCGAUCGCUGUUUAACGACUUUUUGAUUCAAUUUAAAUCAUUAUACGGGGUUGAGUUCAUGACAAGUAACAUACAUAAUUUAUGCCAUGUAGUAGACGAGGUGGCAAGAUUUGGUCCUUUGUCAACACUUUCAGCAUAUCCUUUCGAAAAUUGCUUGCAUUCUUUAAAAAAAACUAUCCAAACAGGUCCUAAUCCAUUAGCUCAGGUAGCAAACCGCAUAACAGAAAGAUUGCAAACUUAUCGAUCAAUCUGCACCUUUCAACAGCAUAUGUCACCAAUGUUUAUUUCUACACGACAAAAGUUUGUAGAUGAGAAAAUGACAAAUGAACAAAAAUUGGUUUUACCACAACUUACACUAUGCGCUAAAUUCAAAGAUAAGUGGAUUUUAACCAAUGAUCACGAAAUAAUGGCAUUUUUAAAAGUAAUUAAAACUGAAACAGGUUAUUUUGUUGAAGGUCAAUUUAUAUCAUCAAGAAGUAACUAUUUCGAUGAACCAUUUAAUUCAUCGCACCUAGAUGUGUACAUAGCAAAACUCUCAUUUUCUGGGAAACGAAUAAUUAAUAUCAACUGCAUUUUUAGCAAGUUAGUUGCAAUCCCUAAAGCUGAAGGUGUCGUAUUUAUACCACUUAUACAUACAAUUGUUUGAAUAUUAUCUAAUUUAAGUUAUCUUAGGUUAAUGUUUCGGAUAUUUGUCGAAGGAAAAUAAAAAAGUUAUCUUAGGUUAAGUAAUAAAAUUCAAACGUUUUUUUCUCUUCAAACAAAUCAAGGAACUUAGUAGUUCGAAAACUAAUUAUGAACAGCACUAAACAAAAUAAGUUCAACUCAUAUCAUACUCCUCCACAGGUUCGACAUCAGCAUUAGCAGCUUCUAUAUCCAUUUUAUCAUCAUGAAAAUUGUGUUCUUCAUCACUGUCGGUUUCGUUUAACUCAAGAGGAUUUCCGCAUUUGAUCUUGCCAAUAGCUUCAUGUUUAGGAAACUUCUUUGUUAUUAUCGUUUUCCGUGUAGGACGGCAAGCAGACUUACGUAACUUCUUGUUUAUGCUUCGAGAUUUACUGUACCUGAAUAAACGGUUUCUACAGAAACUCUCCAAUUUCUGUGCAUGGUAUGUUGGAUCACCAAUGCAUACUAAUCUCACCAACAGCUGCAAAAUAUUACCGAAUUCCCGGAAUCCUCGUUUUGAUUUUUUACCUCUGCUGAUACCGGUCCAGGUAAAACGAGUCCAAAACUCUCUUGUGAACAAGCAAUCGACGAUCGUGUAGCAAGCAUUGUCCCCAUUUCCGUUGUAUGAAUUUGGUGGAAUUAUCCGUGUGAAAUAUACUAGCUAUAUAAAAACUUAAUUAGUAAUAAUAUGUGAAGGUAUCAAUUGCAAAUAUUACAUAUUUCUCGCAGAGAUCUUCGUUUCCCAACUUUACAUUCCACUCGUGCAAUUGAAUUUCAUUAUCAAUGGGCAGGUGGUUUUCAACAGGGUCGUCAUAUACUUCCAGAGUAGUCUUGUUAGAAGAUUUAAUGUUCAUUUGCAUCAGAGCAGUCAAUUUGGAGAAAUGAUCAUCAAAGCACCUUUCCACCACAGUUUCCACCGUAGUUUGAAUAAAUUGUUGCAAAUCUUUUUUUAACUCUUCAUGAUUGUUAGCUUCGUUGUUCGCUGUCAAAUUAAAUUAAUUAGUUUCUCUUAAAUUGAUUGAUUUUUUAGCAAGAAACAUGAAAACAUUCAUCCACCCAUGGGACGCAAAAAAAGACUACUCUCAAAAAUUGUGACAUAACUUGUACGUCGCACAACAUGGGUUUCAUUCUCACCAGUGAUAAUUUGAGUAUCCGUAGUUUGUUGAUCUGUCCUAGCAUCCGAUACAAAGUAAUAAUCUUCUCCUGUGCAAUAUAUUGAUUCUUUGUUUUGAUGAAGAGUAGGCAAUGUUUCUGAAACAUAAAUAAUAAUAAUUUUGUUUUUCUUUCGUUGCAAAUAUUUUAUCUAUUCAAUAGAAGAAACGGAAAAUAUUUUUAAGUCCAAUAGUUUUGUAUACUCACCAAUAAUCAGUGUAUUUGCUGGUUCUCCAUUUAUAAUUUGUGGUUCCGGAGGUGGCAUCUGCAAUAUCAUUGAACUAGCAACAGGUGUUGAUGGAAUCGGUUGCUGAAUCACCACCGACUGCGUGUGCUGUAUUUCCUUACUCUGCUGCUGCGUACGAAGUGGCAUUUCAUUAUGCAUUACUUCUGAAGUAUCCUGAGAAUUUCUGUCAAAAUAUUCCAUCGAUGUUGGACCAGGAAGCUCUUGACCUUUAUUCGGUAUUUUCUGAAUAGCUGUUUUGAAAUCAAAAUAAGUAUCAUUUUUUUAUAUGAGACUCAACUUACCUGCAAGCAUGGUAUUAUAAUUCUUGUUUUUUGGAAAAAUUGAUUUUUUCGGUGGCUUGAGUUUUUCCAUCUUUCCCUCAACAUCCGACACUUCUUUUUUGGUUAGCUCAUCUGCAAUUUUUUCCGCCGCUAGAAAAUUUCUAACUUUUCUGGAAAUAAUGACCGGAAUACGUUUGGUGGCACCGUGAAAUUCAGUUCCAGUUGCCCGUAACGCUUCAAUUUUCUCGUUGGACAUUUUCGGCCACAUCAAGUUUCCACUCUUUACCCACGACACCGGUACCGCUAGCACUUGAAACUUGUUAUUCUCGAUAAACUGUACGACCGCAAACAUUUUUUAAACGAUUUGCUUCCAAUUGAACCGGGAAUUAUUUUCGAAUAGGCGAUCUGUUUUGUUUUAGUUUGACGUUUCUCAUUACAGUGAUGCCAAGAAUAAUAGAUGGAUGAAACCGUUCGGUUUUUACAUAUUUUUUAAACAAUAAUAAAAUAUUUUAGUUUGCUCUUUUCUAGUAUAAUUUCAUUUAUUAUAUUUUAUUUCAUUAUAUUUGUAGCAAUUAUUAUAUAAAUAAAAUAAUCUUUCAACACUGGUGAUUGGCUGGUGAAGCAACAUUACUAAAAUCGUAUAGCUAGCUGAAGAAAAUCGCCUUAUCGUAGAAAGUCAAUACAAUCGGAUAUAACAUCAGAGAGUCAGUGCAAAUGUUAGAACUAAAACAUUAUGAUUCCCAUUCUUUGUUACGUAUGCAUUCUUAUACGACUUUGGUGACGCAUGUUGUAUAUAUAUGAGUAUUAACUUUUUACCAAGAGAGCAGAGUAUAUUCCCAGCCAACAUUUAUGUUGCUAUAUUUUAGUUGCCAAUGAAUUAUACGUUAUUUUAUUCCUUCAAACAACCCGUAUAUAUUGCACUGAAUAGCUAUAUACGCACUAAUUUGGAGGCCAUAUACGUAUACCAAUAUUGAUUCCGACGAUUUCUUUCAUCCUGUUAUGUAAUCUAUAUAGUUCUACGAUAAGGCGAUUUUCUUCAGCUAGCUAUACGAUUUUAGUAAUGUUGCUUCACCAGCCAAUCACCAGUGUUGAAAGAUUAUUUUAUUUAUAUAAUAAUUGCUACAAAUAUAAUGAAAUAAAAUAAUAUAAAUGAAAUUAUACUAGAAAAGAGCAAACUAAAAUAUUUUAUUAUUGUUUAAAAAAUAUGUAAAAACCGAACGGUUUCAUCCAUCUAUUAUUCUUGGCAUCACUGUAAUGAGAAACGUCAAACUAAAACAAAACAGGUCGCCUAUUCGAAAAUAAUUCCCGGUUCAAUUGGAAGCAAAUCGUUUAAAAAAUGUUUGCGGUCGUACAGUUUAUCGAGAAUAACAAGUUUCAAGUGCUAGCGGUACCGGUGUCGUGGGUAAAGAGUGGAAACUUGAUGUGGCCGAAAAUGUCCAACGAGAAAAUUGAAGCGUUACGGGCAACUGGAACUGAAUUUCACGGUGCCACCAAACGUAUUCCGGUCAUUAUUUCCAGAAAAGUUAGAAAUUUUCUAGCGGCGGAAAAAAUUGCAGAUGAGCUAACCAAAAAAGAAGUGUCGGAUGUUGAGGGAAAGAUGGAAAAACUCAAGCCACCGAAAAAAUCAAUUUUUCCAAAAAACAAGAAUUAUAAUACCAUGCUUGCAGCUAUUCAGAAAAUACCGAAUAAAGGUCAAGAGCUUCCUGGUCCAACAUCGAUGGAAUAUUUUGACAGAAAUUCUCAGGAUACUUCAGAAGUAAUGCAUAAUGAAAUGCCACUUCGUACGCAGCAGCAGAGUAAGGAAAUACAGCACACGCAGUCGGUGGUGAUUCAGCAACCGAUUCCAUCAACACCUGUUGCUAGUUCAAUGAUAUUGCAGAUGCCACCUCCGGAACCACAAAUUAUAAAUGGAGAACCAGCAAAUACACUGAUUAUUGAAACAUUGCCUACUCUUCAUCAAAACAAAGAAUCAAUAUAUUGCACAGGAGAAGAUUAUUACUUUGUAUCGGAUGCUAGGACAGAUCAACAAACUACGGAUACUCAAAUUAUCACUGCGAACAACGAAGCUAACAAUCAUGAAGAGUUAAAAAAAGAUUUGCAACAAUUUAUUCAAACUACGGUGGAAACUGUGGUGGAAAGGUGCUUUGAUGAUCAUUUCUCCAAAUUGACUGCUCUGAUGCAAAUGAACAUUAAAUCUUCUAACAAGACUACUCUGGAAGUAUAUGACGACCCUGUUGAAAACCACCUGAUAAUGAAAUUCAAUUGCACGAGUGGAAUGUAAAGUUGGGAAACGAAGAUCUCUGCGAGAAAUAUGUAAUAUUUGCAAUUGAUACCUUCACAUAUUAUUACUAAUUAAGUUUUUAUAUAGCUAGUAUAUUUCACACGGAUAAUUCCACCAAAUUCAUACAACGGAAAUGGGGACAAUGCUUGCUACACGAUCGUCGAUUGCUUGUUCACAAGAGAGUUUUGGACUCGUUUUACCUGGACCGGUAUCAGCAGAGGUAAAAAAUCAAAACGAGGAUUCCGGGAAUUCGGUAAUAUUUUGCAGCUGUUGGUGAGAUUAGUAUGCAUUGGUGAUCCAACAUACCAUGCACAGAAAUUGGAGAGUUUCUGUAGAAACCGUUUAUUCAGGUACAGUAAAUCUCGAAGCAUAAACAAGAAGUUACGUAAGUCUGCUUGCCGUCCUACACGGAAAACGAUAAUAACAAAGAAGUUUCCUAAACAUGAAGCUAUUGGCAAGAUCAAAUGCGGAAAUCCUCUUGAGUUAAACGAAACCGACAGUGAUGAAGAACACAAUUUUCAUGAUGAUAAAAUGGAUAUAGAAGCUGCUAAUGCUGAUGUCGAACCUGUGGAGGAGUAUGAUAUGAGUUGAACUUAUUUUGUUUAGUGCUGUUCAUAAUUAGUUUUCGAACUACUAAGUUCCUUGAUUUGUUUGAAGAGAAAAAAACGUUUGAAUUUUAUUACUUAACCUAAGAUAACUUUUUUAUUUUCCUUCGACAAAUAUCCGAAACAUUAACCUAAGAUAACUUAAAUUAGAUAAUAUUCAAACAAUUGUAUGUAUAAGUGGUAUAAAUACGACACCUUCAGCUUUAGGGAUUGCAACUAACUUGCUAAAAAUGCAGUUGAUAUUAAUUAUUCGUUUCCCAGAAAAUGAGAGUUUUGCUAUGUACACAUCUAGGUGCGAUGAAUUAAAUGGUUCAUCGAAAUAGUUACUUCUUGAUGAUAUAAAUUGACCUUCAACAAAAUAACCUGUUUCAGUUUUAAUUACUUUUAAAAAUGCCAUUAUUUCGUGAUCAUUGGUUAAAAUCCACUUAUCUUUGAAUUUAGCGCAUAGUGUAAGUUGUGGUAAAACCAAUUUUUGUUCAUUUGUCAUUUUCUCAUCUACAAACUUUUGUCGUGUAGAAAUAAACAUUGGUGACAUAUGCUGUUGAAAGGUGCAGAUUGAUCGAUAAGUUUGCAAUCUUUCUGUUAUGCGGUUUGCUACCUGAGCUAAUGGAUUAGGACCUGUUUGGAUAGUUUUUUUUAAAGAAUGCAAGCAAUUUUCGAAAGGAUAUGCUGAAAGUGUUGACAAAGGACCAAAUCUUGCCACCUCGUCUACUACAUGGCAUAAAUUAUGUAUGUUACUUGUCAUGAACGCAACCCCGUAUAAUGAUUUAAAUUGAAUCAAAAAGUCGUUAAACAGCGAUCGAGCAAUUUCUAAUAAGUUAGAAUAUUUACUAACAGAGCAAAUACGAACGGCACAGAAAAGAAUAAUAAAGUGAGUAAAGUAUUUGUCAGGUAAAUAAUCCUUGAGUACAACUAUACCAGCAUAAUUCAAAAAAUUUCGAUAUUCCAAGCCUUUCCACAGCGAAACAAAAUCCAAAGAUCUCAUUCGUCGAUGAAUUUCCAUGGGAAAUCGCACACAAACUAACAGAUUUGAAAUUUGUUUCUUUUGAAAAGUGCUCCAUUUUGCGUUCAUCGAUAAACAGCCAGUGCGCCAUCCAUUGAGCAGUUUCUUCAUGACUCCCAACUCAAGCAAGUGCAACGAAUCAGCAACAAUGAUGUCCUCGAUCAUGUCAAUUGGCAGCCUAAUAAGUGGCGAGUUGCAACGUUGAUGAUUAGAGUAUUCGUUCGCUCUAAACGACGCAUCUGUUCGUUUGGGAGCAUUGAUAUCAGGAAACACCAUGGUUCGCGAUAUGUGAGAGUAUGUGCCUUUAGUUGUACAUUUGAUACAACCGUAUUUACCGUUAAAAUUGAUCACUCCUUUAAUAAAUGCACGCGCAGGUGUGUCACAAAUAAAGCACCGUAUUCUUAUUGAAACCCGAUGACCACCAAUUUCCAGGCCAUUUUCCAGUAAUUGUAUCAACUCUUCUACAAACGGAUUCAAAUACUCUGUUACGUCUUUAGGUUUACAAGUUCCAAAAUAAAUCCCGAUGAUACCUGGUUUUAUAUCAGAAAAUUCCUGAAUAUUAAACAAUAUCGGCCAGAAAUUUUUCGUUGAACUUUUGUAUAUUGGUACACCAUCAAUAUUAAUGUUGAUAGAAACUGUCAAUGCAUUUUUUAAAUUUUUCAAAAUGGAUCUAAGGCAAAAUUCAAGGCCUUGAUGCCAAUAUGAACAGCCAUCUUCCAUUUGUUUUAUAUCUAUGUCGCGGGGAGUUGCCAUUAGAGUACGCGGAUCCUUUGGAAGUUUAAAAUGUAGGCUAUCGUUCAAAAUCAUAGUGAGGGAUUGUAAAGCGGACUGAGAUAUAUGAAAACUCACAGCCCAGUUUCUGAUUGAUCCGAU